ACAUCUUUGAUUAGGAUGUCAUUUUGGCGCCGAAUAUUCUAAGUUAGUUUUGUGAUUCUUGAGCGCGGGAGUUUGCGUGUUUGUGUGUGGAUGCAGGGUUCGUUCGCAGCCUUGACUUGUAGGUUUUAUUCGUCGUGAAGUGAAAGGAUUUCUGUGAGCCAACAUGCAACGAAGCAUCGCAUCAUUUUUCCAGCCCAAGAGCAAAGAUAAGGACAUUCAGAAGAAAGCUAACGACGACCACCUGAAAAAAAUAGCCAAAAGCCCUCUGAAGGUGCAGAAUGGCGUGCAGGAAGUGGACUCCCCCAUCAAGAAGACUGCCAAACGCAGCCGUCAGAUCCUGGACAGCGACGAAGACGAGGCGCCGCUCGUGAAGGAGCAAGCUGCUCCUGAGGAGCAAGGAGGAAAGAAAGCUCCUGGUAAAACGGAGAAGAAGACAGAAGUGUUCAAGGCGGUUCCCACUCCUCUGUCUCCACCACCUGCUCCAACCACACCCUCAACCCCAGCGACUCCAGCUACUCCCGCCUCCUCGGCUUCACCGGGAACGCCCAGCACUUCUGACUCCAUCUCACCGUCGGGAAUCAGCAAACGCAAGACGGCGAGGAAGAUGUUUCCCAAGAGGAGGCUGGUGGAGGGCAGGAGUGAGAAGGCCGAGGGGGAGGCGGCAGAGGAGGAGACGGGUCAGCAGAACAAACGGCCUCGCGUGGAGAGCAGCGCCAGCAGUGCAGGGAACACGGAUGAACCCAUGGAGGAAGAAGAGGCUGGCGGCCCAGGCCAGCCGCUGGAAAAUGAGAAGCCUGCAGAAGAAGGAGAGACCAAACAGGAGGAGGAGCAGGUAGAGGAAAAGACAGCUGAAGAGAAGCAGAAGACGGGUGACGAGCGAGGGCCCGAGAAGGUCACCAAAGAUGGGAAAGAGAGCCCGCAAAGUCCAACGGUGGAAAAGAAGCAGAAGGACGCAAAGGAGCAGAAAGAUAAGAAAGCUCCCAUCAGCAGUUUCUUUGCUCCCAGAAAAGCAGCAGUGAAGACGGAGAAACCAGAGAGGAGCGACGGAGAGAAAAAGACGAAGAAGAGCUCCGAGGAGGAGCGUAAAGAAAGCAAAGGUGAUUCCACCCCGUCACAAACUGAAUAUGACCCUUCCAGGCCAAACUACCAUCCUGUGGACCAUGCCUGCUGGAAGCACAGCCAGACAGUGCCGUACUUGGCAGUGGCUCGCACCUUUGAGAAAAUUGAAGAGGACUCUGGCAGGCUGAGGAACAUCGAGACGCUGUCGAAUCUGUUUCGCUCCGUGCUGCUGCUCUCUCCAGACGACCUGUUGUGCUGCGUGUACCUGUGCUUGAACCAGCUGGGCCCAGCCUACCUGGGGAUGGAGCUGGGCGUUGGGGAGACGGUGCUGAUGAAAGCGGUCGCCCAAGCAACCGGACGCCAGUUGGACAAAAUCAAAGCAGAGGCCCAGGAGAAAGGAGAUUUGGGCCUUGUGGCUGAAAGUUCCCGUAGCAACCAGCGGAUGAUGUUCCGGCCUGCCAACCUGACAGUGGGGAGCGUUUUCAAGAAACUGAAGGAAAUUGCGAGCAUGAGUGGAAACUCGGCCAUGAAUAAGAAAAUCGACAUCAUCAAAGGCCUCUUUGUGGCGUGCCGCUUUUCAGAGGCCCGCUACAUCGUCAGGUCUCUGGCCGGGAAGCUGAGGAUCGGCCUCGCCGAGCAGAGCGUGCUCUCUGCUCUGAGCCAAGCGGUCUGCUUGACCCCACCUGGACAAGAUUUCCCUCCUGCUGUGAUCGAUGCGAGUAAGGGGAUGAGCGCUGAGAGCAGGCGAGCCUGGAUCGAAGAGAAGAGUCUCCUUCUCAAGCAGACGUACUGCGAGAUGCCCAAUUAUGACAUCAUCAUCCCCGUUCUGCUAAAGGAGGGCAUUGACCAGCUCCCCAACCACUGCAAGCUGACUCCAGGCGUCCCGCUGAGGCCCAUGCUGGCUCACCCCACUAAAGGUGUUGGAGAGGUGAUGAAGAAGUUUGACGAGGCGGCGUUCACCUGCGAGUACAAAUACGACGGGGAGCGCGCACAGAUUCACAUUCUGGAGAGCGGCGAAGUUCGAAUAUUCAGCCGUAAUCAGGAAGACAACACCAGCAAAUACCCCGAUAUCAUCUCUCGCAUUCCCAAGGUGAAGAAGGAAUCAGUGGUGUCCUGCGUCCUGGACUCGGAAGCUGUGGCCUGGGACCACGAGAAGAAACAGAUCCAGCCCUUCCAGGUCCUCACCACUCGAAAGAGAAAGGAUGUGGAUGCCUCAGAGAUCAAAGUCCAGGUGUGCGUGUACGCCUUUGACCUCCUCUACCUCAACGGCGAGUCCCUGGUGCGACAGCCUUUGUGUCGGCGGCGGGCUCUGCUGAGGGAGAGCUUCACGGAGGUGGAGGGGGAGUUUAUGUUUGCCCGCUCCAUCGACAGCGACAGCACCGACGCCAUCGCCGAGUUCCUAGAGCAGUCUGUCCGAGACUCUUGCGAGGGCCUGAUGGUGAAAACUCUGGAGAAGGAUGCGACCUAUGAGAUUGCCAAGCGUUCCCAUAAUUGGCUCAAGUUGAAGAAGGACUACCUAGAUGGCGUGGGCGACACGGUUGACUUGUGUGUGAUCGGAGCCUAUCUGGGGAAAGGGAAAAGAACCGGCACCUACGGCGGCUUCCUGUUGGCGUGCUACGACGAGGAAAACGAGGAGUUCCAGUCGGUUUGCAAGAUCGGGACGGGCUUCAAGGACGAAGAUCUGGAGCAGCAUUACAAGUUUUUGAAGGAACACAUCCUGCCCAAACCUCGGGCUUAUUACCGCGUGGACCAAUCAGCAGAGCCCGACGUGUGGCUGGACGCCGUGCAGGUGUGGGAGGUGAAAUGUGCCGACCUCUCUCUGUCGCCCGUCUACAAGGCCGCCAUGGGACUGGUGGAUCCGGAGAAAGGCAUCUCUCUUCGGUUUCCUCGCUUCCUUCGGAUCAGAGAUGACAAGAAACCUGAGGACGCCACCUCCGGAUCUCAGAUUGCUGAUUUGUACAAGAAGCAGCAACAGAUUCAGAAUCAAGGAGAGAAAGCUGACCCGGAGGACUAUUACUGACGCUGAAUGACGGGAGUUCCGUGUUGUCUGUAAAUAUCUUCUCCUUUUGUAUUGUUGAAUGAAAAUAAAGAGUGGUGCCAGCUUUAA